UCUAAAUUAAUGGGUAUAAUGGUUCAAAUUCUAACCCACUUCAGGGUUGGAUUGAAUCCAUUAGCUCAAGUUCACAUGCCCUCCAGGGAUUCAUUAUGUUGUACUCCAAUUAGAGAAAUGGUUCUAUGUUUUUUGGAUCAUUGGAGCUGGAGGAAAAAAGGCACCUUUGUUUAGUGUCUAUGAUCUAAUCCUCAAAACACUGUUUGCACCACCUUUUAAAACAUAUAUACAUAUACAACACUGAAAAUUCAUGACUUAAUAAUCAACAAUCAGAGUCUAAAGAAAAAUGACAUCCUUCGGUGUUAUCUAACAAUCAAAACUAUCUGCUUCAUCAGGACUCUUUGGGUGUGGUUUGAUCAGAUUCGAUUGACAGUUGCCUGGCAACAUGAACACUCCAAAACUGUCAACAUAUUUUCAUUCAAAUGAACCCUAACCCUAAAUCCUGAUUGGUAUGCUACAAUGAUUUUACUGAGCAGAGGCAAAAGAAAUUUCUGAAUUCUACAAUGAACUAUUCCUCAACAGGAAAAUACAAACAUAAAGAACAACACCCACUUUGACUCAAAGUGUUACAUUCAGCUAACCUAUCAACCACGCAGUACGCCUCAGUAUCUUUAUUCAGUUGACAUGAAGGACCGAACCAAGAGAAGAAACCAGAGAAAGAAGCCUAAUUAUGCUGGCAAACAUCGCAAGUCACGUGCUUGCAGUCCAGCUGCAGAAGCCAAAGUGAUUGCACUUAGACAAGUCCUUCAAUCAGUUCAGAAGACCAACCAGAGGCUGGUCUCCUUAAACACAAAUCUGAGGAAGCAGGUUAUGAAAUUCACAUUCAUGGAGAUGAGUUGGGUAAAGGAGAAGAGUAAACUCAUGCAAGAAAACAGAGAUAUACAGAAGACACUUGGGACGAAAUACAUCCGCGCUAAACAUGAAAUCAACUGGUUGAACAAGGCUUUGAAGCGCACUACAAUCUGGAAGGGAAAGGAAGGGAAUGAAAGGCUUCAAGCUGCAGUUAAGAAGGCAGAGCAGGAAAGCUUGAGACUUAGAGAGUGUCAAGAUACAAACAAUGGCUUUUGCAAAGGAGACAAAAAUCAGAAUGAGGCAGGAAGAAGAUGUACAUCCUCAGAGACAGUGGAAAAUAAAUGUAAGACCUUGGGGGUCAAGCUCAACAGGAGGACAGAAACAAGGAGCAUGACUGAAAAAAGAAGAUCCUCGGCCCACUGUUCCUGUCCUUCGUCUUAGUUUUGAGCACAGCGGCCUCAUAAGAAGUAAAAUGACAUUACUUUAUGAUGAAGUACUGUUCUCACCCUAUCAAACACAUUAUAAAAAUCACAAAAUAUUUUACUUAAAGCACUUUAAACAUAAAUUGGAAAAUACAAGUACAUCAGGAUGAGUACCACCACUGGACUAAAAAUAUAUUAAAUGAAAAGAAAAAUGAUGAAUGUAUGUCACUCAAUGCAUUUUGCAGAUAUAAAGCUACAAGCACUGUU